CCAUUUCUGAAUUUUUACUUACUAAAAGAUUUAAGUUGUUUCUAACCUCGUGGGGGUAUAAAAAAUACCCCCAAUAACACUUGACGACCCAUAGCAAACACUUCGAGGGUGUCAAUACAGAGAGCUAAACUCGUCACUUUCUUCCAAUGAUGAAAUCCAAGUAUGAGAAUAUGAAAAUUAUAUACAACCGCAGUAAAUUUGGUUGGUAUUGGGCACCGGUGUUUAUAGCAUUUUGGUUUCUGCUCUUCUAUCUGACUGUCAUACCCAGUUUUCACUAUAUGCCCGAUAGCCUUCUAAUAGCCGAAGAGCCAAAUAACCCAGGACGUUUUAUAGGAGAACGUGCGGAAAAUACUUUACUUAGACUAACGAAAAUCGGUCCCAAAGUUGUGGGUAGUCCCGCCAAUGAACAGUCAGUGGUGGCCUUUUUACUAGGAGAAAUAUCUCAAAUACGCAAUGAAGCUCGUUUGGAUUUGUUCGAUAUUGAGGAGGACGUUCAAAUAGCUUCGGGCAAUUAUGUUCUCUGGAAAAUGGUCAAUUGUUAUCAGAGCAUUCAAAAUGUUGUGGUAAAGAUUACACCAAAGAAGUCGAACAGCACUUCUGCUUUACUGAUUAAUAGUCAUUAUGAUACGGUUCCCGGUAGUUCGGGUGCUGGUGAUGCUGGUAUGAUGAUUGUUAUUAUGUUGGAAACUAUAAGAGCUAUUACCAAAUAUGAGACUGAAUUAAUGCAUCCUGUUGUUUUUCUGUUCAAUGGAGCCGAAGAGAAUCCUUUGCAGGGUUCCCAUGCCUUUAUUACACAACAUGAUUGGGCGCAAAAUGUUAAGUAAGUUUGUUGUGAUUUCAAACUA